GCGCUUUGGAUGUUCUAGGGGGAGAGGAGCGUAAGGCGCAGGUGUGCGGUUGUACCUGUCGCCGAGGAGGCGACAGCGGAGGCACAAUAGGCACGUGCUUGCCGGGAAGUGCCGCGUCCGAUACGCGGGGAAGGGAAACCGAAAGCGGCGGGGAGAGCAGAGCGGAGCCGAGCCGGGCAGCCAUGGAGGGGCAGCGGCCGUGCGCCUUCCCGCUGCUGGUGCGGGGGGACUGGGGCCCCGCCGAGCCGCCCCCCGCGCUCAGGAAGAAGCUGCUCUGCUACUUCCAGAGCCAGAAGCGCUCGGGAGGCGGCGAGUGCGAGCUGCAGACCGGCACCGGCACCGGGCACAUCAUCGUCUGCUUCGCCCGCCCCGAGGUCAAGCAACGAGUUCUUGAGAGACAGUCUCAUCAGUUGGAUUUGGGAGGAGAAGAAAAUUUGACAUUGAUCGUCACAGAGCCUGAAACAGCGCUAGCUACUGAAGAGGAGAGAUUGGAAGAAAAAUCAGUUCCCACAAAGGCUUUGGAUGCCAUGAGCAGCCUUCAAACAAAAGAUGAUACAAAAACCUUGAAGAAAGCAGAGAGUUUUGUUCCAAACAGUGAACUCCAGGAGGAGGUUGACUCUCCAAAGGCCUCACCUUCGGUGGUAUUUGAGAACAUAGAGAGAUGUGGCCCAAAACUCUUAAAAAUGCUGUUGGAGAACAUCAGUGGCCUGGCUGUAAAUGCUGACUUUAAUGUUGAACUGAUACCUGAAAUAAAUGUUGCUGUAGCUACCUUUAUAAAAAGUAUUGAUACUAAGGAAUUUGUCAAAAAAUGUUCAGAACACAAGAGAGUCAGAGAAUUCAAAAUGACUGUCAGGCUUCUUGAAUCGACACAGACCAUCAAGGCUGAAAACCUGCCAGGCAGCAUUUCCACGGACUACCUCACAGUGUACUUUGAGAACGCACGGAACGGAGGGGGGCCCGUGUCAGAUGUCCAGCUCUUCCCCGAGGAGAACUCAGCCAUCAUUACUUUCUGUGACCACAAAGAUCUAACCCUGGUCUUGGAAAAGCAACAUUUACUGGAUGAGACACUGAUUUCUGUGCAUCCAUAUUACCACUCCCUGGGAACAGCUCUCUAUGGAGAAGAAAGACCAGCUGUCAAGAUGCCAGAUCCCAUUGGGGUGCCACUAAACCCAUAUGUAUGGCAGUUUUUACAAAGGCAUGCCAAUCUGACCCAAGAUAUAAACCAGGAAAUGGCAGUUUGCCAUUGUGAGCUCCAGUGGCCCCAGGCAGACUGUGCAAACCCAGAAGUUAUGUUGUGCCCAUCACCAUCUCUCUGCAAGCAGAAAAAGCCAAUGAUUAAGUUGCUGAAGACAUGGCAUCAAGAUGCUUCCACUGAGUUCUCACGUAUCAUGGCACGUUACAUAGCUAUAAAGUGUGAAGUCAAUUCAUCAGGUUGGGAAGAUGUGAAAAAAAGGUUGUUGCAAGAUGAUGCUCUGAUCAUAACUGAUGUUUCUGAGAAGAUGGUGGUGAUUGCAGGCAACAGAGCAGCAGUGGACAGUGCAGAGAAAGAAGUGAGGGAAUGCAUGAAGCAAAGUGAAAGGGAAAAGCAGAGCAUAGAAAUUUCUGUGCCAGUGAUCCCAGGGAAGUAUGCUGUGCUGCAUAAUGCUGGGUUAGAAAAGAAUAUUCAGAAGGAAUAUCCAUGCCUAAAGCUCUUUUUUGAUGACAAAAAAAAGACUGUUCAGUUGCGUGGAUUACCUGCAGAAGUAUAUAAAAUCAAAGCUGACUUACUGGAAAAGGUAAUGAGUAUGCCCUGUACAUCAGUUACCAUUGAUCCCCAUGUCUUCCACUAUCUACGGUGUGUAGAUAAUAAAAAAAUAUCAGAUAUGUUAUUCAUUAGGGAAAAAAUUAACACUUUUUAUGAACUUCAGGAUGAUACUGUGUUGCUAUAUGGAGAUGCUCCCAAAGAUCUUCUAGAAGCAGAAAAGCGAAUAAAAACAGGUUUAGAAUACAAGUGCAUCAAUGUGGGGGAUGGUGAAGUCAUUAAAAAGGAUCUGUGGAAGAAUCUUCUUCUCUCCUUGCUCAAGACAUAUAAUUCUUCCCAGGAAAUGAUUAUCACUUGGCAGUCUGUUGGAAAAGAAAGUAAAAUGAUCAUUGCUGGGUUUUCUAAGGCAGUAACAAAGGUUUAUCAGAGACUUAAUGAUUUUGUAGACAGAAACACAGUCAUUGAAAAAUCAAUCUCAGCUACUUCAGUAGUGAAUGUGCAGUUUGUAGAGAAUGAGAAGUCUGGUGUUUGUGAAGAAUUGAAGAAGAAAGGUGUGACAGUACAUUUUGACACCAAGACACCAUGCAUUUCUCUGAGGGGACCAAGAGCAGAAGUGUCAGAAGCAUUCAUCAUGUUUGAAAAAAUUGUCUCAUCCCUUUGCUCAAAAGAUGUGCCAAUUGACAUGCCAGGGGCAAAGGAGUUCUUCAUUGAGAAGAAAGAUUUAUAUAUUUUAGAAGCAAAACAGAAAUUUAGCUGUUUCAUUGGGAUUAAGGAAGAAGAAAAACAACAACAACAACAACAACAAGAGAAGGGUGGAAAAGUCAGUGAUAAAGUGAGAAGAAUCGUCUGCUAUGAAAAAAACCUGCCAGGUGGAAUUGUGGUAGGAGUGUAUAAAAGUAACUUGUGUAACUACCCUGUUGAUAUUGUGGUGAAUGCAUGUAAUGAAGACCUAAGACACACUGGUGGCCUUGCUGAUGCCCUGUCACGAGCAGCUGGCCCAGCACUGCAGCAGGAGUGUGACGAGCUGGUGAGCAAGCACGGGAAUCUGCAGCCCGGCUGCGCGGUGAUCACGGGCGCCGGGAACCUGCCCUGCAGGAACGUCAUUCACGCUGUUGGGCCCAGGUGGAACGAGAAGGAGUCACAGAGGUGCACCUGGUUGCUAAAACAGACAGUGAAAAAAUGUCUGCAGUUAGCUGAUACAUACAACCAUUGUUCCAUAGCUCUGCCUGCUAUAAGUGGAGGGAUUUUUGGCUUUCCACCACAGAUGUGUGCGGAUUCAAUUGUGUCCUCCGUCAAGGAGACCUUGGAAGAAUUAAUGGAGGGCAGCAGCUUGAAGGAGGUCCAUCUUGUGAGUAAUUCAGAAGAAAUCAUUCAGGUUCUGAGCGAGACAGUGAAAAAAGUAUUUUCAGCUAAAUCAUUCUGCCCAAAAUGGCUGAUGCUGAAAAAAAGCCAGAAAGAGAAAAGUAAAGAGGAUCUGAAGAUGGUUACAACAAAUGAAGGACUUUGCAUCCGAGUGGAGAAGAAAAAUGUUCAGGAAGCUGUGACGGAUGUUGUUGUCAACAGUGUUGGCGCAGAUCUGAAGUUUGGUGUGGGGCCUCUUUGCAAUGCCUUGCUGGGAAGAGCUGGGCCAGGUCUCCAAGAUGAGUUUGACAGUGCAGUAAAAAGUCAGGUGUCUGGUCCUGGGACGGUGCUCUGCACCACUGCAUGUGCUAUGGCCUGCAAGUUCAUGUUUCAUGCCAUACUACCUGUGUGGGAUGGAGGACAGACAGAGAAGGUCCUAGAAGAUGUAAUCAAUUUGUGCUUGAAGAAAACUGAAGAACUGGGACUGAAAUCGAUCACUUUCCCAGCUAUUGGGACAGGAGGAUUUGGAUUUCCUAAAACCAUUGUUUCCAAGUUAAUGUUUGAUGUAGCAUUCAGGUUCAGUAGUAGCCAAGCUUGGAAGAACCUCCAAGAAGUUCAUUUUCUUUUGAGUCCAAAAGAUAUUGAUAGCAUUCAGGCUUUUACCACUGAACUAAAACUUAGGGCAGAUGAAAGUUGCAAUUCUGCAGCAGCACAGCCAGGUUUCAUUAGGCCUGAUUCUGCUGAACUAUUGGGAGUUCAUGAAAUGAAGAUUGGUUCCAUCACACUCCAAGUAAUUAGCGGAGAUAUUACCAGGCAAGAUACAGAGGUUAUUGUAAACAUAUCAAAUCCAUCAUUUGAUGCCAAAACAGGUGUCUUCAAAGCAAUUAUGGAUGCUGCUGGUUCCCAGGUAGCAGAUGAAUGUGCUCAAUAUGCUGGGCAAUAUCAAAGUGGCUUUAUUACUACACAAGGUGGGAACCUGUUGUGCAGUAAAAUCAUCCAUUUGAUUUCUGAUAACCAGGUGAAGAGUCAGAUUUCUAAAAUGCUUCAUGAGUGUGAACGAAGGAUGUACAAAUCUGUUGCCUUCCCAGCUAUUGGAACAGGUCAAGCAGGACUGAGUUCAGCCAAGGUAGCUGAUGAAAUGCUGGAUGCUAUAAUAGAAUUUGCAAGACAAAAUUCAGUGCAGCAGUUACAGACAAUUAAGAUCGUGAUCUUCCAGAAAAAUAUGCUCAGAGACUUUUAUGAAAGCAUGAAGAAAAGAGAAGAUUCAGAUUCAUCCACAACGGAUCCAUAUUUAUCUAUGCUAAAAUCCUUUUUUUGGGGCAGAAAACAAUCUUCUGAGAAGAAAAAGGUCAAAAAUUUGGAGAAGAAAGUUAAUUUAGUCACAUUUCAAAUUUGUGGAGAAAGCAAAAAAAAGGUGGAUGAAACUGAGUCCUGGAUAAAGGAUUUAAUUUUAAAGGAACAGCUUGAAAACACUAUUUCAGAUGAGGUAAUUGAAAGUUUUGAUGAGACACAAAUUGCCAUUUUGGAAGAUCUCCAGAGAAGAAUGCAAGUCACCGUGCAGUUUAAAAAUAACCUUUCUCCCCCUCAAAUUAAAAUUUCUGGUAUUAGCAGGGAUGUCUAUUCCGUUUCUCAAAAAGUUCAAGAAAUGAUCCAACAAAUUAAAUCUUGUGAAGAAGAACAAUCCAAGGCAGAAUUUCUUUAUAACCUGGUAGAAUGGAGGUAUCCAGGAAGCAACGAUAGCUUUGUUUCUUUUGAUAAACUGACAAAUAUGCAGCUGGAGCAUGCCAGAAUAUCUAAAAAACUACAUCUGAAUGUCAAAAUUGAAAACAGGAACUACAAGGUGGAUCUGAAUACUCUAAAGGCUACUGAUGACCAAGGAAAAACUAUAAACCUUCAACGUGUGGGAAAGUAUGAAGAUAUGCAGUCCAUAGAGCUCCCUAAGGAGUGGACAGACAUGCAAAAUGAACAGGUCAAAGUGGUGGAGCUCAAGCCUUCGCAUCCUGAAUAUAAAACAGUUGAGAAGAAGUUUAAGACAACAUGUGCUGACCUUACCAUAGAGAAGAUUGAAAGAAUACAAAAUCGCAUCCUCUGGCAGACAUACCAAUUAAAAAAAAAAUCUAUCUGUGAGAAGAACAAAAAUCAAAAUAAUGAGAAGUUGCUAUUUCAUGGGACAGCUGCACCCUCAUUGAUGUCAAUUAAUUCCUAUGGAUUUAAUCGUGGGUUUGCUGGAAAGAAUGCUGCAUUCUUUGGAGAUGGAACCUACUUUGCUGUCAAUGCACGUUACUCUGCUCAAGGUAUUUACUCUGUUCCAGAUGUGAAUGGCAAAAAACACAUGUACUUGGCUCGGGUCCUUACUGGGAAGUACUGUGCUGGGAGAAGAGGAAUAAAAGCUCCACCACCAAGGAGCCCAGCAGAUCCUACUGACCUGUAUGACAGUGUGGUUGAUAAUGAGUCAAAUCCAAAAAUAUUUGUCAUAUUUAAUGACAUUCAGGCAUAUCCACAAUACCUUAUUACUUUCAAAUAACAGAAUGAUCAUAAUAGUCUAGAAAAUUUUAGUGCCUUUUACAUGUAACAAUUUACAGGGCAAUUUUAAAAUUCUUUUUACAUCAAGG